AUGAAUACAAGUGAACAGACUGUUGAUCGAUCAUUUGUAACUCCAGAAGGAAAAAUAUGGCCAGCAGAUGUUUGUGUACCUUGGACAAGAUACUACUGCGCGAAGUAUACUAAGGAAGUGCUUAUAUCGAAGAUUACUCAAAAAUGUUUACAACCUGAUGAUGGAAAUCUAAUCGAUCUAUGGGUUUUGACAAGAAUUAAUCACUGGGAUCACGAAAUAGAGACUACUGUUUGCCUGACAGAUAAUUAUCUUAUGCUUGUAAGCUUUAAUUUUAUCAAUGAAGACUGUACAGCAAAACGUAUUCCACUAAAAUCAAUCAAAACUAUACGUGUUGGCAAUUUACUUCAACCGAGUUGGUCGGUCCUACCUCAACGUAACUAUGGGGGUGUUCAGAUUAUUUGGGGUGAUGUUGAACAAGCGAAAUGGAUCGAUCGGUGGAAUCCAAUAUCUCAAGAUGUACCUAUGACUAUCUUACAUCAUCAUCCGUGUUUCUACUCCCCUAAACCACUGCUUAACAAGGAUUUAUUUGAUGCUGAUUUAGCUUUGUCAGCUAUCUCCAAGGCAUUGUCUACAUUUGGGGUUCAAGUGGAAUAUGCAAAUAUCUGUUUAAAUUCACAUGUUAACUUCUUCACUCUGGUCUACAAUCAAAGUAAUCUGGGUUUUUGUAAGGAUCGAAAUGGUGUCAGCUUUUAA